AUGGAGACUUCGCCACUAUUGACGGAGCAAAUGCGUGCGGCGACGCGCGAGAUUCACUCCAUCUCGGACAAACUAGUAAAUCUGAAGCUAGUGGUGGCGUUAAUGGACAAGAAACUUUACGGCCGCACUUUGCUGCUAUUUUAUUACGUCUACGUACAGCUGGAAUUAAUCAUUAAAACACACAAAAAUCAUGCAACUUUUAGUGGACUUUACAAAAUUAUUGAUGAGAUUGCCAGGGCUGAUAAUAUUGCAAAGGACCUGGAGUUUUACCUCGGAGAGGAAUGGAAUACGAAAUACCAGCCAACUCAAGCUACACAAGACUACGUCAAGUAUUUGAAAGAACUGUGUGAAAAGAACCCAACUUUGGUACUGCCAUACUGUUAUCACAUGUACAUGGCCAUGCUGGCGGGUGGUGUAAUGAUCAAAAAGAUGGUCAAGAGAAGUUUCACGCCGCCUGAGGGACAGGGACUCAAUUGUUUUGCUUUCAAUGUCGACAGUAACAAGGCUCUUCGUCAUACAAUAAAAGAUGCAAUCAAUGCUGUACCGCAUGACGAAGAAACCAAGAAGCUUCUUUUAGCUGAGUCAGUGACGUGUUUUAAGCGGAACAACCAGAUCGUGCGGAGUCUCGACGGCACCGGCAACCAUGUGAUGAAAUUCAUCUUGAAGUGGAUUGUUAUCAUUGGUCUCAUUCUUGCGACGUUUUUUUGCUUUUACUCGCGGUUCUAUCAGACUAAAUUAAAACCAAACCAUUUUCACGCUUUUUAA